CAGCAUGCUGCCAUGAGAAUGUAGGAAGUUGUAUAUUAUACAGCGGGUGAAGUUGAAGGUGUGGUUGGAUUUGAAAACAUUGUGACUUGUUACAUAAUAUUUGUGUCAGUCACGAUAUGUUAUAGAUUAUUUACAGCUGUGGUGUAUGCACGACGUUACUGUUGAUAUAUGUGUGUAAAAUCUUUUGUUUACCUUUCCAGUUGUCUGCAGGUGCAUAUAUUCUCCGAAACAUAUUUUUGCUGGCAGAAUGUGUGAUAUUUUUACCAAAAAUGAUAUGCAGAAGCUGCUACAAAACAAGCAUGUCAUGCUGAUUGGCAGUUCAAAUACUCGUGCAGUGUAUAAAGACUUAGUUUGGUUGUGGAACAGCAAUACCUUAAUUACUCAACAGGUGUUGAAGAGGAAGCUGGAGCCAUCAUUCAUGGGAGACAGUUUAUUAAAAGGAGAAUUUCUUAUGCGAGGCAGGAAUUACGAGGAAGUUCGAGAAUUUAAGGAACCAAAUGUACAUAUUGAGUUCCAGUUCAUUACAAGAUGUUAUAAUGUUGCCGUUGAACAGCUGAUGACUGAUAUAAAGAAAGGCCGUAAGAAAGCUCCUGAUGUGCUGCUAUACAAUUCUUGCUUGUGGGAUUUGACAAGAUGGGGACCAAAUGGAGUGCAAGCUUACAAAGACAAUUUGGUGAAGCUUAUGAAACUGUUCAAGCAGUGUUUGCCUUCGAAAACAGUUGUAAUCUGGAUUGCUACAGAAGCAGUGUCGCAAGACUGUAGGGGUGGCCUGUUUGUUAAACAGGUUGAGUUCAUGAAGCAUUAUCUUCGAUUUGAAGUUAUGGAAGCCAACAUGUUGGCACGACAGAUUGUUGUCUCAUAUGGUUUCGACUUUCUCGAUGUUCAUUAUUAUUUAAGGAUGCAGAUUCACAGGCGAGCACCAGAUGGUGUUCAUUGGACACCAGUACCAGUGCGGCAUGUAACAAAUUUGAUUUUGACUCACAUAGCAUUGUGUUGGGAUUGUGAGCUGCCAGGACACUUCCGUGGAACAAUGCUGGAAAAUGCGAAGAACCUUCUAAUUAAAAAGGUGCAGGAAGAAAUCCAUCUACCAAAAGUACCUCAAACAUUAAAGGAAAAGAAAAAACCUAUUAAACUCAAACAACUACUUUCAUCACCAGUUGUUGCUGGAUCACCAUUCAGAAUAGCCAUGAAGAAAAAGCUACAGAAUUUUAUAAAUACAACAAAAGAAGAUAAGGAAAAUAUCUGUAUUACAGUAAAUCCUUCUUUGUCAGAUACACCAAAAAGAAAUGUAAAUUUCUCUUCAGCUGACCCACAAAAACCAUACAAUGAUGUUAUUAGAAGGAUGAAUACGGGAAAUCCUCGGCCUAUGUUAGGCUUUCCACAAAACAAACCGUGCUUUUACAGAGACAGAAAUGUUCAUCAAAAUUGGAAAGAACCAGACUUCAGCAAUUCUCCAUUGCAAAAUAGGAAUUACCCUAUUACAGCAGAAAGCUCUCAUUUUGUAUACAGAGAGGUAACAGAGAGAAGACCUGUACAAUCUGGACCCUUCUUCCCUCCAGGUGUGCAUUAUGGUCCAGUAAGGCAGAGAGAAAUGAGCCGUCAUAACAGAAGGCACAGGCCAUAUUAUUAGUAUGAAUUAUUACAUAGCAGUUCAUUACUACAACAGAAUGCUCCAUAUUCUCUGAACAUAAUAAACACUGCUUCAGAAAUUUUAGUGCUGAGCGUUGUUUUUAGUGUUAUUAAGACAGUGAUACGUAUGGCUGUGAUUGAAACAGGUGUGUUAUCAUUGGCAAUUUUUUGUGAAGUAAUAAAACUGUUAAGCAGCUCUGCUUUUAAACAUGAAUGAAAUUGGGGUACAGGGCUGUAUUGUCUGGAGUGUAAAACAAUUGUUAUUUCUAAGAUUCCUGGAAGUGUACAUGGAAACACUGCCAUAUAUAACCAAAUAUUGCACCUUCUUUUUACACAAUGCAGACAAUUAAGGAGGGUGAGAAAUAAGUGGAACCAUGAGGACCCAGUGUGCAGAGAUAUCAACAGCAAGAAAUGCAACAAAAGUUAAAGCCUAAGCUUAAAUUUGGUCUUUGAUGCCCUCUUACAAUGUACUUACUAUAUGUUUAUUCUCCUCUGUAUGAUUCUGUAUGUCCUUACUUCUGACAUUUCUCAAGUAACUGAGUAAGGAAUCUUCAGGUUCAGAACUGUAUUGUGGGGCUAUUUUAAGACGUAAUUAUUAGGAAACUGUACUUAAAAAGACUGAAGCUGUACUGUUUGCUACUUUUUUUCAGGUAUUUGCCUUGUUUUUGAAGUUUUUAAAGAUUAUAAUGUUAUUUUUGUUGAGAAUAUUUUUUGUAAUUUCUGUUGCUGUUUCUACUUAUCUUAUUCCACUGUUAUAAGCAGUCAUUUUCUGUUUCAAUUUACAAUGUUCUGUCAUAUGCAGUAAUGAAUACCAGUACGAGUGUUAGAGAACAUCUGUGACACCAUCUCCAUCUAUGUUCAUUUUAAUUUAAUGGGAGAUGGUGUGAAUCUUUCAAAAUGAAAUAUUGCAAAAUUGAUCUUGCAGGUAUGUAAAUGACAUUCUGGUAAUAA